CCAAGGAGCCCGACUGCUGCAGCUAAGACUCGGCACAACCAAAUAAAUAAAUAUUUUUUUUUAAAAAAAGUAUCUACAAAGCCUUUCAGGCAGCUUUACUGUACACAAAUUGAUAACUGUGUCAAUCUGGUCAACAUCUGUUUGUGUGCUUUUGCAGCAGCCUUCCAGGCCCCAGGAAAAGGGAGAUAGAAGAGAACCUGUCCUCAGCUGCUGGCACUGCCUUAAACCAAUAAACUUUCACAACUAGAACAGAUGAGAACUCAGAAAAAGUGCACCUAAGCGGAAUAGGAGUGAACAGCAGGAGGUGCAGCUUGAUCCAACGUCCGGGAAUGGGAAUUAGGUAGAAACCAGAGGGGGAUGAAGCCCUGGCAGAGACCCGGAAAGUUGUGACCUACGUGACCACUGGCUGAAGAACUUCAAGGAGGCUCUGAAAAAGAGCAGGGCUGUGGGAGCUACCUCAGAACACCCAGAAGUGCGAGGAGCAUGGCAAGGCGGGCCAAGGAUACAUGAUAAGGGGCCUGAAAGACUCAAGAAUAUUUCCAGGCCUCUGCUGAAACGGGGAAGAGAAAAGAAGCAAACUGGUGGGAGUGGGGGGGUUAACUCUUCUUCACCUCUGUAGCUUUCCCAAAGAAACCACCUAAGACCUGCAGUCUGAGCUUCUAAAAACAUUGAAUUCAUUGACAUAGAUUAGCAUGGUUUUAAGAAAUAUGUAGAUCCCGUGAACCCUUUCCCCAUUUUCCCCCAAUAGCAACAUCUUGAAAAGCUGUAACACAGUAUCACAAGAUACUGACAUCCAUAAGGUCAAGACACGUUAAGUUUCCUUCAAGUUCUUUUAUAACCACACCGACUCACGCCCCCCAACUAACUUUUAAUGCUGCCAUGAUUUAUCCAGGCCCUCAUAGCGCCUACACCGGACACAGGACAAGGUCCGGGGCUGGGAGGGUAAACGCACAGGGACCAGCAGAGUCCCAAGCCCCGGGUCCAGCGGAGGCAGCUGAAGGAGCGGAGCCGCAGGCCCCGCCCCUUCCGCCAAGGCCGACCAACAGCCGACCGGAGCCGAGCCGCUUCCAACGGCGACCGAGCAAAACCGGAAGUGGGCGGCAGCCCUCCCCUUCCCGGACACCCCGCCCAAGAUGGCGGACCUCCACCGCCAACUGCAGGAGUAUCUGGCGCAGGGGAAAGCGGGCGGGCCGGCAGCCGCCGAGCCGCUCCUCGACGCGGGAGAGGCAGAGGAGCCCACGGCCGGGGCCGGGCCGGCGGGGGCGUGGCUCGGCCGCGCGGGCCUGCGCUGGACGUGGGCGCGGAACUCCGCGGAGCCGACGACGGCGGCGGGAGCGACGUGCAUGCCGAGCGUGACGCGCGCUCAGCGGCUGGCGGCGAGCGGCGUGUGCCUGCUGCUGGCCGCGCUCUGCUUCGGCCUGGCCGCACUCUACGCCCCAGUGUUGCUGUUGCGCGCCCGCAAGUUCGCGCUGCUGUGGUCGCUGGGCUCGGUGCUGGCGCUAGCGGGCGGCACGCUCCUGCGAGGCGGUGCGGCGUGCGGACGCCUGCUGCGCGGCGAGGAGGCGCCGUCGCGGCCCGCGCUGCUCUACGUGGCCGCGCUGGGCGCUACGCUGUACGCGGCGCUGGGUCUGCGCAGCACGUUGCUCACGGCGCUGGGCGCCUGCGCGCAGGUGGCUGCGCUGCUCGCCGUGCUGUUGGGUUUGCUGCCCCGCGGCGCGGGCACCGCGCUGCGCAUGGCGCUUCGGCGCCUGGGACCGGGCGCCACCCUCACCAAGUCGCUCCCCGUGUGAGAGGCCUGGGGCCCGCGCCGUCGGAAAGGACGCAGAGUCCGCCCCCGGGACGCGCUGUCGGGAGACCACACGGAGCCGGCCCAGGGGCCCAGCGCUCGCCAUGCCAAGGACUGCGCCCGCCUUUUCCAGAGCGCGCGGGGCAAAGGCUGCUCCUUUACUGUGCCAGCGAAAUCUGUAAACUGAGCAGCAGUUGUAAAACUGAGACAUGAGCUGUUUCGGAAGCUCCUCAAGUUCAGCGUUUUGUGCUAUACUCAGCAGCAAGUGCUAUGAGAACUAAAUUUUGUCCUUGAGUUGGUGACAUACUGUGAAGCAUUUAUGAUAAAUUGCUUUUGCGUUAACCGUGGUCUUAGUUUACACUCAGUUGACAAAGAAAAAGAACACUAGCUCUUCCGUUUUAAUUAACUGCCCUUAUUACUUUUCUCGGACUUCUGUUCCACGUUUUGUCACUUUAAAAAAUCCAGUGGUAGACUGUAGUAGCUUAGCUACAGUAAACUUGUUCUCUUCGGCUCUUGGAAAUUAUUUUUCCGUAUUCUUCAAUGUGAGUGGAUCCAUAAGCGUUAUUAAAAUAAAUACUGACUUUAGCCACCGGAACUUUUAAAAGUACUUUAGUUAAGACGGUUUAUCUCAGUUUUUUCUACUUUUAGUGGAGUUGUAAACAUGGUACCUUAUAAAAUUAAAGGAAAAUUGAUUCUGUAUUAGAUGAGGAAAGCGAUGGACCAAGAAGCGUCCUGUAAGAAAUACCCAGUAAGGUGCGUGUAAACGCUAUGAGAGGUCCGUGGGCAGAACUGGGCUAGGGGACUCCUGGGAGACACAUGAUUCCACGUGCGGUUUCCAUAUUUGAUGGAAACCAUGGAUUUCUACAAGGCCUAACUUUUUUCAUUCCUAAUUUUAUGAUCUGCUUUUUAACUAUAAUUUACACUUUACAGUCUGAUCUUCAUGCAAUGUUAAGAUGCUUUUCACAUCUAAUUGCCAAAUUUCCUUCGUUUUUUAGGUUUAGCACUUAACUUUUGUUUAGGACCUUCUUACUUACCUUAAUUUAUUGCCAGAAAGUAUGGGCUCAAUAUUCUGAGGAGUCCAGAAAACUACAUGUUUUGUCACUAGCUGUAUAUUAACUAGGAAGUAAACUAUUUAAAAUGUUUAAAUCCUAUGCCAGUGGUUCUCCGUUCACAGAAUUACUUGACGACUCAAACCUCAGAUCAACUCAGUCUGUCUCUGCGGGGGUGGGGGUGGGAGCCACGCAUCAGCAUUUUUUUUGAGCUCUCCAGAUGAUUCCUUUUCCAGCUAAGGUUGUGAACCACUUUUCUGUAUGUUGGAUUGCACGAUUUGAAAAUAAUUGUCUCCUGGGGCUGGAUUCCAGUGUUGCCGAAACUGGGUGUCAGGCAGCAGUCGAGCCUUGCCCCUUUGUCCAACCUCAAAAUUUAGAUUUUUAUCAGCGUCCUAAGCCCUGCUCCAAGAAGUGGACACUAAAGUGACCGACAUCCACACUGUAGACUUACCCCAACCCCCCAUAUUCUCUAAGAAUGCUCCCUUGUUCCCCUCUCAGUAAAUAGGGUUACCUACCUCAAGAGGAACAACCAAGGGGGUGUUUGUAAAAGCAAAUCCACUGUUUCGGGGGAGUGAUUUUUUUGACUGGAAAACUUGUACCAUUGGCUGCUCUUUCUACCCCCUUGUUAAAUCUGCAUUCUAGUUCUAAAUUUCUCUACAGUUUGCAUGGCUGAAGAUUUCACAGUGUUGACUUUUAUGUUCAUGCUACUGUAUUUUUAAAAACUGUUUUCCCAACAUUUUUUCAAGAAUUCACUGUUUGGAAAUCUAAGCUUUAAUAAAAUUCAAAGCACAACA